AUGAGAGAGCCCAGGGACAAAAGGAGGGAGCAGGAAGAGACCCUUGGGCAUGCCUUCCCUUACAGCCGGCACACCGUAGGAGACCACGCUGCCACAGACAGCUGUCAGUUCCCAGUCCUCUGGCAGCUCUUCACCGAGCAGAGGAAGCACGCCCAAACGCCAUCAGCCUGCUGCCAGCACGGUUUCACGACACACGGGACGUACACACCAGCCACUACAGCUACAGACGUUCUGGCGCUCUCUUCCAAGAAGGGCAGCCGUGACCUGCUGCUACACGAUCACACCGAAGGUCACCCCUGUUAUAGGUGUGGAUGCACGAUUCGGAAGCGCGGUCCCUACGGCGGAGGGCUGAAGGAGAAGGCUCGCAGCAACCAGACACGGCUGAUCACAGCGCUGGCGGCAGCAGCCGCGGGCGGCAGAAGAGGCAGCUCUAGGAGCGGGCCCGAGGCCGGCGCAGCCCGGGGGAACAUCGGGGGAGGCCCGAGGAGGACAGGGGCACAAGUGCUGGGGUCCCCUGGCCCCGAAGGGCUCACCAGUCUCUCCUCCCACAGUGCUGAGUACCCCGACCUGCGGAAGCACAACAACUGCAUGGCCAGCAACCUGACGCCAGCCAUCUAUGCCAGGCUCUGUGACAAAGCAACCCCAAAUGGCUGGACCCUGGACCAGUGCAUCCAGACAGGUGUCGACAACCCCGGCCACCCCUUCAUCAAGACUGUGGGCAUGGUAGCUGGCGAUGAGGAAACCUACGAGGUGUUUGCUGACCUGUUUGACCCCGUGAUUCAGGAGCGGCACAACGGAUACAACCCCCGCACCAUGAAGCACGUCACAGACCUGGACGCCAGCAAGAUAAAGUUUGGCCACUUCGAUGAGCGCUACGUGCUCUCGUCCCGAGUCCGGACGGGGCGCAGCAUCCGCGGGCUGAGCCUGCCGCCAGCCUGCACCCGGGCUGAGCGGCGGGAGGUGGAGAAGGUGGCCGUGGACGCGCUGAACGGCCUCACCGGAGACCUGGCAGGCCGGUACUACCGCCUCAGCGAGAUGACAGAGAAGGAGCAACAGCAGCUUAUUGAUGACCACUUCCUCUUCGACAAGCCUGACGCCCGAGGGAUCUGGCACAACAACGAGAAGACCUUCCUGAUCUGGAUCAACGAGGAGGACCACACGCGCGUCAUCUCCAUGGAGAAGGGUGGCAACAUGAAGCGUGUCUUUGAGCGGUUCUGUCGGGGCCUGAAGGAGGUGGAGCGGCUAAUCCAGGAGCGAGGCUGGGAGUUCAUGUGGAACGAGCGGCUGGGUUACAUCCUGACCUGCCCCUCCAACCUGGGCACUGGGCUGCGAGCAGGCGUCCACAUCAAGCUGCCACUGCUCAGCAAGGAUAGCCGCUUCCCUAAGAUCCUGGAGAACCUCCGGCUACAGAAGCGUGGAACAGGUGGUGUGGACACCGCAGCUACUGGCAGUGUCUUCGACAUCUCCAACCUGGACCGGUUGGGGAAGUCAGAGGUGGAGCUGGUGCAGCUGGUGAUAGACGGUGUGAACUACCUGAUUGACUGUGAGCGGCGGCUGGAGAAGGGGCAGGACAUCCGCAUCCCCUCCGCGGUGCCGCAAUUCCGGCACUGAGCUGGACCAAGGCAGCGCCAGCCCCGCGGGACCCAGCUCCCCCGUAGCUUACGUGAUCUCUGUGCCCAGCAUGUCGCUGUGUCCUGUUACCCGCAACGCGCCAGGCCAGGCCCCAUAAACGUGCGCUGCUGUA